AUGCAAACAAAGUUAAUUAAAAUUAUCUGUAAACGUGCUGCAUUAAUGCGUGCUCCCUAUGUACAAUCGUCAUGGACAACCAACACCAGUACAAUUAAAAAAAAAUCGUCAUCACAAAGUAAAACUGCAAUUAGUAUUCCAAACAAGUCGAUACUAUCAAAUGAUAGUAAUAUAAAAUUAGUAAAUAAAAAAAACAUUAGGAAUGAUAUUUAUAUGCAAUUGAUUCUACUACUUGAUAUUAAUGAAAAUGGAAGACUUGUUAUGCCCUUUUCCCGUCGUUUGAUUCUUAUUGAUCGUCCACGUGAUAAUUUACAUCCAAAUGACAGUCACACGGGCAACAAUUUACAUAAUGAUCAUCAGAGUCCACAAUGUGAAGUUUCAACAUCAACUUCACAAUCUUAUUUAUCCAGUGAUGAUGAAAUCAGUAGUGAACAUAGUUCAUCAUUUCCAUCAAUAUCAUUACCACCGUCGCCAUUUAUAUGUGAUCCUUACGAAUCGUACGACUGGGAAUGUUGA